CCUCAUCCCAGCAGGAGGCCCCGGGCGCCUCCAGCACCUCAGCCGGCUGCGCGGAGGCCGCGCGGUUUCAUCUCUAAUGCUCCUGGAGGACAAUAGCUCAUCAAGCCCCUCCGAAAGCCCCAGACCCGUCGCGGAGCCUGGGCUGGCGGGGGAUGAGGCUGAGCGACUCCUCCUAGAGGUGGUUAUGUGGAGAAGGAGCAAUCCCUUCUCCCUCCUCCUCCUCCCCCCGCUACUAUCCUCGGCCCGGAGAACUGCUGCUUGCCGCCAUUGACACGCACAGAUAAAACCCAAAGAAAGGCAAAGAGUCCUGCCCGGCACCGGCGCUGCGCGGGCCGAACCUGCGCCCGGGGAGGGGCGCGCAGAGGGCAGCGGGCGCGCGGAGCCGGGGCGCAGCUCCAGCAUUGUUGCGGUGUUGGGAACCCAGGUGUCAGCAAGCUGAGAGGGAAACUGAGGCAAGAUGUCUGGCCGGAGCGGGAAAAAGAAAAUGUCCAAGCUGUCCCGGUCAGCACGGGCCGGAGUCAUCUUCCCGGUGGGCAGGCUGAUGCGUUACCUGAAGAAAGGGACAUUCAAGUACCGGAUCAGCGUGGGUGCCCCUGUCUACAUGGCGGCGGUGAUCGAGUACCUGGCAGCGGAAAUCUUAGAAUUGGCUGGGAAUGCUGCAAGGGACAACAAGAAGGCGCGGAUAGCCCCAAGACACAUCCUGCUGGCCGUGGCCAAUGACGAGGAGCUCAACCAGCUGUUAAAAGGAGUGACCAUCGCCAGCGGGGGUGUCCUGCCCAGAAUUCACCCCGAACUGCUGGCCAAGAAACGAGGGACCAAAGGCAAGUCAGAAACCAUCCUCUCCCCACCCCCAGAGAAGAGAGGAAGGAAGGCCACAUCAGGCAAGAAGGGGGGCAAGAAAGCCAAGGCCGCCAAACCUCGGGCAUCGAAAAAGUCCAAACCAAAGGACAGCGAUAAAGAAGGAACUUCAAAUUCCACCUCUGAAGAUGGGCCGGGGGAUGGGUUCACCAUCCUGUCUUCUAAGAGCCUUGUUCUGGGACAGAAGCUGUCCCUGACCCAGAGUGACAUCAGCCAUAUUGGCUCCAUGAGAGUGGAGGGCAUCGUCCACCCAACCACAGCUGAAAUUGACCUCAAGGAAGAUAUAGGUAAAGCCUUGGAAAAGGCUGGAGGCAAAGAGUUCUUGGAAACAGUGAAGGAGCUUCGAAAAUCCCAAGGCCCUUUAGAAGUGGCUGAAGCUGCCGUCAGCCAGUCCAGUGGACUUGCUGCUAAAUUUGUCAUCCACUGUCACAUCCCCCAGUGGGGCUCUGACAAAUGUGAAGAACAGCUUGAAGAGACGAUCAAAAACUGCCUGUCAGCGGCUGAGGACAAGAAACUGAAGUCUGUCGCCUUCCCGCCUUUCCCCAGCGGCAGAAACUGCUUUCCCAAACAGACAGCCGCGCAGGUGACCCUCAAGGCAAUCUCGGCCCACUUCGACGACUCCAGCGCAUCGUCCCUGAAGAACGUGUACUUCCUGCUCUUUGAUAGUGAGAGCAUCGGAAUCUACGUGCAAGAGAUGGCCAAACUUGACACCAAGUAGCUGUGCUCCGGCAGGGAUGGAGGAGCAACAUCGCGUCACAAGAGUGGGGUUUUAUUUUUUAAAAAGGAGCAAAGAAGGGUGACGGCAGGAGUGCAGUGGGCAGCUGAGAGGGACAGGGGCAGCAGGCGCCCCUGCGUUUUAUAUUCUCCUUACAAAGGGCCUCGGUCCACACCUAACCAGGUCUCCACCAGGGGUUUUUUCCAUGUUUUCUUCCUAUUGUUUUAGAACUUUUUUUAAAACAAAAUCAGACCUCGUUUUAGAUUUAUAGCAUUGACUUUUACACACACUCAAAAAAAAUCCUUUCAAGAUUCUUAAGGCUUUUGUUCCUCCUUCCCCCCAAGGGAGGAGGGUGUGAGGGUGACGUGGGUUUGUGGGCUGCCUGUGUCCCGUGGUGCAGAGAAGAUGGGAAAGACGUCUCACUGGUGCUUUUCUCUCGUUUCCGUGUCCCCUCCCACCCUAGCCCCCGGCCCCGAUACCUGUAACUAUUCCUAAAGUGUUUUUGCUUCUUAUUUUGGUUUGGUUUCAUUUUGUUUUUUAAAGAAAAUGAAAGAAAAAAAAAAAAAAAAGAUCCAGUGUCUUUCUUGUAACAU